AGCAGAGACGCCAAGAGCAGCUUCAGUUUUCAUGAAGCUUGUGAUCCAGCGUGUGACCAGCGGCGGCGUCAAGGUCGACGGGCAGACCGUGGGCAGCAUCUCCAAGGGCGUCGUCUGCCUCGUUGGCAUUGGUCGCGACGACACGGAAGACGACGCGGAAUGGUGCUGUCGGCGCAUCUUGAACGCUCGCCUUUGGCCCAACGACGACGGAAAGGCGUGGAUGACAUCCGUGCUCCAAAAUAACUUUCAGGUGCUCAUGGUCAGUCAGUUUACGUUGCAUGGCUACAUGAACGGCAACAAGCCUGACUUUCAUCUCUCCAUGGCACCGGAACCAGCAAAAGUGCUCUUUGACAACCUUGUCACGCGUGUUCGGAAAGCUCACACGGCGCCCGAUCAGGUGCAAGAAGGCGUGUUUGGAGCUUACAUGGAAGUGUCCCUCGUCGGGGACGGACCAGUGACGAUGAAUUUGGAUUCCAAGGUGCGCAAGUAAGAUCGUGCAGUGUGCUACAUGCCGCAUUCUGUAAAAGCGUAAAUGAAACUUUGUAUUGCAAA